GCACUUUGAUCUCUACUAUUGGUCUCCUCUAGUUGUCCCCGCUAUGCCAGGACAUACGCCGCAUAGAACACCUCUCAAACGUGUCUCCCAAGGGUCCCUCUUCGCUUUCUCGCGAUCAGGUAACCAUCCUGAUGCGCCCCAUGGCCUUGGCUUCAUCGAACCUGUAAUGGCAGAGCUAGUCGACGAAGUUGAGGCGCUGCAGGCGAACGUAGAUGGCCUAAGGAAGCUCAGCAACUCUCUGAAGACCUUCAAUGAGAGCUUCGCGAGCUGGCUAUAUGUCAUGGACAUGAACGCGCUCACUGUGGACUGGCCGCAGGCUCCAACAGACGCGUCGUUCCAACUGGCUAAGCGACGAGCUGAGGAAAACGCCCGUUUGGCUGAACAAGCUGCUCUGAAAGCAGCAUCAGCCGUUCCGCCAGAUUUAGAGGCAGACAAGACGACGUUCAGCGAGAACCCAGAGUUUGAAACAACGUACACUACGAAUGCUACGACAAGGAAUGCCUCUACCAACAUUGCAAAGACAACAUCGACAGGUAUUCCCAAGAAGAAGGCUAAAAUAAAGCUCACUCCAAAGGAGAAAAAGGAGAGAUCGCUUUCACUUGAGAAGAUAGUGAUGUCUCUUCCUCUCGAGUUUCGAGGUAGCGAUCCGGGUCUUCGACGUAACAUGGAAUCUGUGAUAGAAUUCAUGAUGGACAGCGAUGGGCGAGGCGUCAAGCUCAUCGAGCUCAUCAAACCUCCCGAUCUCAAUCAGGCACGUGUCAACAAAUGUUUGAUUGCUUUGGUGAACCGAAAGAUUGUGCAAAAGGAAAGCAGUACUGGCACAGUCCUUUACCACUGGACUGGAUUGUCGUGAGAUCCGGCGUAGCGCUUGUAUGCUUUCCAACAUCUUUGGUUCUCGCGCUCCCUGGAUUUCAGCCCAUCUUAGCUUUUUUGCAGUAAUCGCGCAUAGCUUAUUCGAUUUGGUCAAUGCGAGCAGCAUCUCGCACACCAAUAAUGAUAACGCCAGGAGAUAUACUUAUUGCGACUGCGGUAGCGAGCCCUUAUCCAGGAAAGUUUAUAGUGUACCGUUAAGAUCUUGACCAGAUUGGGUCUUGCGCGUG